AUGGCUUCCUCCAGCAGUCUCCUGUCUGAAGAUCAGUUCCUGUGUUCUGUCUGUCUGGAUGUGUUCACUGACCCUGUUACCACUCCAUGUGGUCACAACUUCUGUAUGACCUGUCUCAAAGAAUUGUGGGACAGCAGUAAAGACUGCCAGUGUCCAUCAUGUAAAGAACAGUUCCAAGGACGACCUGAACUUCAUGUUAACUCAUUCAUAUCCAGACUGGCUGCUGAGUUCAGGAGAACAGUUCAGCUGAAAGGCAAUCGGACCGAAGAUGAAGAUUUUAAUGUCAGAUCUAACGUGUUCUGUGGCUUCUGCACAGAGAAGAAACUCAAAGCUGUGAAGUCCUGUCUGGACUGUGGGACAUCUUACUGUGAAACUCACCUGGAAUCUCAUCAGAGAAUUCCAACCUUCAAAAAACACAAACUGAUGGAUCCUGUGGAGAACCUGGAGGACUAUAUAUGCCAGAAACAUGAGAGACCCCUGGAGCUGUUCUGCAGAGAUGACCAGAUAUGUGUGUGUCAGUUCUGUAUUGAGGGAGAUCACAAGACUCAUAACACUGUUCCUCUAGAGGAGGAGAGUGAGGAGAGGAAGGCUCAGCUGGGGAAAACACAGACAGAAGUGCAGCAGAUGAUCCAGGACAAACUGAAGAAGAUUGAGGGGAUCAGACACUCAGUAGAGCUCAGCAAAAAAAACACUGAGAGAGAAAUAAGAGACGGCGCUGAGGUGUUGACGGCUCUGGUGCGUUUCAUCGAAAGACGUCAACCUGAGCUGACUGAGCUGAUGAAGGAGAAACAGAAAGCAGCAGAGAGGCAGGCUGAAGGUCUCAUUAAAGAGCUGGAGCAGGAGAUCACUGAGCUGAAGAGGAGAGACACUGAGCUGGAGCAGCUCUCCCACUCUGAAGAUCACCUCCACCUCCUACAGGUUUACCCAACACUGUGCAGUCUUCCAUACAUGAAGCUCUCCACUGAUAUUAGUACUCCUGGACAUCUGCGUGGGGACACUCUGAGGCAAACACUGCUCCUGCUGGAGAAGACUCUUAAUAAGACGUUGGCUGAAAGUGGUGAUGAUAAUACUGCUUGUAAUGUAAUCUUUUUUUUCCCUACAGAACUUAAGAGAAUUAAACAAUAUGCAGUGAAUGUGACCCUGGAUCCUGACACAGUCUACCCUGACCUCAUCCUGUCUGAUGACGGAAAACAAGUCAGAGAUGGAGACACACAACAGAAUCUCCCUGACAACCCAGAGAGGUUUGAUAAAAGUAUCUGUGUCCUGGGGAAAGAGGGGUUCUCCUCAGGGAGAUUUUACUAUGAGGUGGGGGUCAGGGGGAAGACUGAAUGGGACAUAGGAGUGGUCAGAGAGUCCAUUAACAGGAAGGGAGAAAUUACUCUGAGCCCUGAAGAUGGAUACUGGACUAUAAUUUUGAGGAACGGAGAUGAAUUUGAAUCUUGUGACACCUCCCCUGUCCCCCUCUCUCUGAGACAGAAACCCCAGAAAGUAGGGGUGUUUGUGGAUUAUGAGGAGGGUCUGGUCUCCUUCUAUGAUGUGGAGGCCAGGUCUCAUAUCUACUCUUUCACUGGUCAGUCUUUCACUGAGAAACUCUAUCCGUACUUCAGCCCUGGUCUUAACAGGAUUGGUAAAAACUCAGCUCCACUGGUCAUCACUCCAGUAAGACACGUGGAAUAAGAACUCCGACUUUU